AUGCUUGCAGUUGUUGAAGCACAGAGUGGACGAUACCCGCCAGCAGCACUUGAUGAUGAGACAGACUACAUUGCGCAUACUAUUGGGGCAAUCCCAGGCUCCAGCAGCUUCGGUUCUCCACUUGCUCCAGAUGUCUAUAUUAAGACGUUACGAAGAAAGCUGCAUGAGUUAAGGUCUUCGUUCUCCCCAGAUCUCCUUCAGCUUGGUAAGUAUAAUUUCUUCAAUCUGAGUAGCAAGGAUCCCGAACUCCAGUGUGACGACCAUUUACUCAUGUAUUUAUCCAAGCUUUUUACCAAGUGCCAGAUGUGGGCCGAAACUCGGUGGAACAAGGCUUCUCAAGCGCAGGAUGUGGAGACCCCGAUCGGGCCGGAGUACUAA